CGUCGACCCGCUGUACCAUUCCCAAGUGCCGUACAGAGAAUCCAAACAGUUCAAGGUGGCACUCGUUCGUACAUGGACCACCAUCGAUCGCUUCCAUCUUUCUAAGAUCCUGUCCCCACCUGACUUUGAACCCUCUGAUCAUUGAUAUACUUCAACAUCAGGUCGCCUCUGUCGUACAAAUUCACUCCUUUUGGCUUCAGUUGUGAUCUACCUAUCUACCUGAAUUCGCCUCUUGAACAUCCAAGGUUCUGUCACAGGCUCUAACAACGACGAAACCUAGGCUGCGCACACAUACUGCCCCCCCUCAACACUACUUCCAGAUUCAGGACAGAUAGAAGAGAUGGGAUCCCUCCAAGGGCCAACCGCUCAGACCGGGGUUGAGCAAGAUGACUUGGUGAUACCUCUCAUCGACUUUGGCGCAUAUCUACACGGUAAUGCGGAGACCAAAAGAACCGUUGCCAACCAAAUCCUGCAUGCCUUCAAGACCUCAGGCUUUCUCUACCUGCAGAACCAUGGGGUGACCACAGAAGAAGUGGCCCACGCCUUCUCCGAGUCAGCCAAAUUCUUCGCACGGUCGCAGGAGCAGAAGGACGCCUUGGGCUGGACGACCCCCGAUGCCAAUCGUGGCUACGUCGCUUCAGGUCGAGAAAAGGUGACCCAGUCAAGCGAUCCAGAGGAGAUUGCGCGCCUGAGAGCCUCCAACCCGGAUCUCAAGGAGUCACUGGAGAUUGGACGUGAGGGCGUCAAAGGAUUUCCAAACCAGUGGCCUGACCGAUUCGACGAUGCCACCGACAAGUCUGGCAGCGUGUUCCGGCAAGACAUGCAAAAGUUCUUCCAGACGCUGCAGGGCCUGAACAUGAACGUGAUGCGGGCUAUCGCGUUGGGCAUGGGCCUUGACGAGUAUUUCUUCGACUCCUUCUCGGAUGACGGUGACAACACAUUACGGCUGCUGCACUACCCACCAGUCAAGAAGAGCAUCUGGAAGCAGAACCCCGGUCAGGUGCGAGCUGGCGAGCACUCGGACUACGGCAGCAUCACCCUACUCUUCCAGGACUCUGUUGGCGGCCUGGAGGUCAAGUCGCCCAAGGGCACUUGGGUCCGCGCUACCCCAAUCCCCGGCACCAUUGUCGUCAAUGCCGGUGACCUACUCAGCCGCUGGAGCAACGACACUAUCCGCAGCACCAACCACCGUGUCAUCCAGCCUCCACCCAAGCCUGAAGACGUCGAGGACUCAGACCCAGACGCCGUCUCCCCGGCUCGCUACAGUAUUGCCUAUUUCUGCAACCCCAACUUUGAUCGCCUCAUCGAAGCCUUGCCCGGCACCUACGAGGAAACGGGCAAGAAAUACGAGGCAAUCAACAGUGGCGAUUACCUAGUCAUGAGACUGGCGGCCACAUAUUGAUUACGAAUACCAACGAGGCCAACGGCUCAACACCCAACUGGGUCUGAUCACAAGGGCUUAGAGGGAUAUGAAUGUUGGAGUCAUGACUCAAAAAGGUGUCUGGGCGAUUCCCUCAUGAUCUUAUUUUGCCUGUGUCUACAAUUUCAAACUUGUUUGGUAACAGAGUGGUAUAUAGCUAGCGAUGACAAACCGAAGUGGCCCGAGGCCAAUGCAGCGAAACACCUACGCUUCUCCUCCCAUGAUUGAAGUACUUCUCCGUGCCAGCGUCGCAGGUCCGGGGCCUCCGCCACCAGGUCCA